AUGCCGAUAAGAUUAGAGGAUGGUGAUAUCGAUGUUUCCGGUGAUCUGGAAUUGCUGCACUCCAUAGAUCACUCUAAGUUGACGAGAGCUGUUAAUGGAUUACGAAUAUCAAACAUUCCAGCCUUAAAUUUCAUCAUUAUUUGGAUAUUGGGUACCUUCCUUGUUAAGUUGACUACCAAGUACACGGCCUUAUAUUUGAAAAACUCUUUGAUAACAAUAAUAGUAACUAACUUGGUACUUUACGGAAUCUCUGAAACCUUAGCGCAGUCCAUACUUAAUUUCAAACCCAAUCAACCAAUAAUUAGCUUCAAAAUGCAUGAGCCUGCUAUUCUUCAUCUGGCAUCGGAUGCAACUGAGAAUCAUUUACCUCACGCUGAAGAAAUCGAAUUCAAUAGAUUCAUUGAGUUUAUCCAGGAACCUCAAAUCAUAACAACAGAAUCGCAGGAUUACGAAACUAUUAGAAACACUCCAGUCACGUUAACUUUCUUUAACUUCAAGAGGUUAGCUGGCUUUAUGUGCUGGGGCUUCAUCAUGGCGUUUGUCCAAUGCUGGUGGUAUAAAUUUUUACAAAUUUAUUCUAAGGAUCCUAAGUUCAUUGAAGUUUUGAGGAAAGUCUUGACUGACCAGUUACUUUACUCUCCAAUUUCGUUAUUCUGCUUCUUUACCUAUGGUACGAUGGUAUUAGAGUACGGAUCUUGGAAUGACGCCAAGGUCAAGAUGAGCAAAAUUUAUCUCAAAACAUUAAUGGCAAACUUCACCGUCUGGUUUCCAGUGCAGUUUAUCAAUUUCUUGAUUGUGCCACGUAACUACCAGGUUCCUUUUAGCUCUUCAAUCUCGGUAUUGUGGAACUGCUAUUUAUCCAUGAAAAAUUCUAGUGGUUAG